CUGGACUCCGAAAAAUGGGAAAACACUCUACGGGCCUACGUCAGACCAAGCACUUGCGACGUGAUCUACUUGCUGCAGGCCGAUAUUGAUUGGCCUUCGAUGGCGGCAGACGUCGAGGCUAAUCAGGUCACUCCUCUGUUGGACGAAGGCGAACGGAGGAAUGAGGCACAGCUACAUUCGUUAUCACUCCGGCCUUCGCUGCGAGGAGUGCUCAUAUUCUUCCUGUCUUUGAUUGGUGGGGCCUGCCUCUUGCUGUCUAUCAUCGAUGAUUUCAACAUGGGAUUCUUUCUGGGUGCGGCCGCUGCGUUCAUUGCUCUUGCUAUCCAUGACAAGCUGAGCAGCGAGUGA